AUGGCACCAUCAAAGAGGAUCACCUCGUACAAUUAUUAUUUUGGCAAGGUUCUUGCGAAACGAUUACGGUUUCUUCACAAAAUCAAUGUAUUGCUUUCCAUUUUCGUGGCCAUCUUGAUUGGCUUUCCCUAUAAUGGCUUUUGGGCCAACGUUGGAGCAACCCUAUAUCGAGCCCCAGUGAUCUUCUUGUCCCUUUGGCUAGUCAAGGUUUGUAGAGACGCCAAUUCCACUGUGGAAUACUCGCGUUCCAAAACCUUGGCCCUCCAUAUUGUUCAGAGUGUAUUUACUCGUCGAUACUUGGUGACUUUAUGCUGCUUUGCUACCUCAGCAUACAUUGCGUUCUUCAUUUUCAUUUCCCAGCUUCCUUUGGCAUCUCAGUACUACGUGGUGGCCAAAGAGUACCGCCAUAAACCUGCCGUUAAUGAUGAGUGGGUCUACUUCUGGUUUCAUGCCUAUUACAUCGCUUUGUUGUACGCUCUCCAACAUAUUGUGUUUCAGAGAAACAGACUCCGCUUCAAAUAUGGUGUCAACACUGUGAGGCCGGAGUCGGUGCUCUUCUCCAACGUUAUUUCUCUUUUCGGUAACGCUGUGGCCUUCAAUGUGUUGUCAAGUGCAUCAGCACCUGUGGUGUACUACUGUGGACGUUCGAUCAUCUACAAGAUCAAUUGGCUUUUCUUUGCAGCUCUCAAGUUGGACUCCUCUAUUCCUCGUUUCCAUAUUGGCUUUUCUACUUUGUUCAAUGUCGGCUACGUCUCAUUUUUCGUUUUCUGCGCCUGGGAACUUGUCAACCACGUCUACAAUAUCUAUGCCACCAUUGGCUGCUUGGACGCAAAGAAACCAAUCAGUAGCUACAGCGAGGACCCCAUUGGCACUUUGCUUUCAGGAUUGCGUGACAUGGAACCUCAGAAUCAGUUGAGUCGCUUGUCAGCCUUUCAAGAAUUGGCAUACAUGGCGAACACCCGGAAUGCGGAGGAAGUCAAGCGCAGAAAUGCAGUCUACAAUAUCGCUACGCGAGGCAGUUACGUAUGGCCCGCAAUUUUGGAUGAGUGUGCUUUGGUAAUUCGUGAGGUUUCGUCCAGAGUUAACUAUAGACUGAAAUCCGACAUGGCAGCUUUGAAGGAGACACAAUUGACUAUAAAAGAGGAGCCUGCCAGUUUAUUCAAACAAGAGAAGUUUAUUUUCGGCAAUUCCUACGAUACUACGGUGGAUACUUCGGAGGCAAACAUCACAGCCACAUCCAGUCCUUUGAAGAAGUAUGAAGAUGCUAAAUCCGUGCAGAAACAACCAGGGUGGGCUAUUCAAUUCCAAAAAUUGCAACAAUCUCCUCUUGGGAAAUGGAUCUCAUUCAAUGUGUUGAAGCCAAUAAGAGCAUACGUUGUUGCAUUCGUGACUCCUAAGCCCACAGAACCAAAGUCGUUUGCUCAACAUUUACAAGCCAUCAAGGCUCAGUUCCAUAAGUAUUACGAAAACUUCCUUUCAUCAACUAUGGGAAUAUUUUUCCGCAUUUCAAUCAAGCGUGAUGCGGAGUCUCGUGUGGUAAACCCAGUUAACUAUGGAAAUGCGGUUAUUGCACUUACCGGUCUAUUAAUCCACGCCGUCGAAGAGGACAGAAGUGGCACCAUAUCCAAUAACCACAUCAGUGAGGUUCUCAACUUGUUAGAGCGCCCAAUACGGGCAUGUGCGAACUACACAGACAUUCUCCCUGCUUCAGUUUAUGUUCCCCCUGAACUUCGUGGAGACGAACAAGCCACGAAGCAUCAUUUAAUUGCGUUAUUGCAUGACUUGACCAUGAACGAGUUCUUCCAACUUUGUGUCAAGUACAACUUCAAGUUGAACGACUUGCAAUUGUCGUCAAGAGCAUUCAAGCUAGCAAAGUGGGUCAUCGAUGCUUCAAUUGCACAGCAACAGAAACAGGCGCAUUCUCACAGUGCAAAAAUUUACUAA